AUGAGGACAAAUAACAUCUUGUACAUGUUGCUGGCUGCAACAAGCCAGGCAACAACAGAGCAUUUCCCAUCGCGCCGCUCUCUGAAUGCAACCCACUCCAGCGACGCGACUCCCAGGCGAUACAUCGUCGAGUUGAAGUCGCGCACGCACAGCACCCGAGUCGCAGACAAGGUCGCAGGGAUCGAGGGGCUACGCAUUGUCCAUACUUUCGACUCGGAUAUUUUUCCAGCCGUCAGCGUGGAGUGCGACCAUGGCUGCAACGCCGACAGUCUGACAACAGCUCUCGAUGCCGACGAGGAUGAAUCCGCAAUCGCCUCCGUAUUCAAGUCCACACGGAUGCAGCUGCUGCCAACUCUCAGGGGGGCGUCUUACAGCGAUGACGCCGCAGCUUCAAACUACUCUGUGCAUGGAUCCACAGGUGUAGAGAAACUGCACGAGGCUGGGAUUCUCGGCGAGGGUGCCACGGUUGCGAUAGUUGAUAGCGGCGUUCAAUACACCCAUCCGGCUCUUGGUGGCGGCAUCGGCCCUAAUUACACUGUCAUUGGAGGAUAUGAUCUCGUGGGAGAAUACUGGCCUGAUGUGCCGCCUCAACCAGAUGGUGAUCCCAUGGAUCACUUCGGUCACGGCACUCACGUUGCCGGUAUUAUUGCCGGAAAAAGUGACCAGUACGUUUCCAUAUUCUGCGUCGCCGUGUGGAACGCUGCUGAUUCAUUCAUAAGAUUUGUUGGGGUCGCACCCAAUGCCAAGAUCCUAUCUUUCAAGGUCUUCGGCUCGACUGGUUAUUCCGACGAAGAGACGGUUAUUGAGGGCUUCUUGAAAGCCUUUGAAUCUGGAGCCGAUAUUAUCACAGCUAGCCUUGGCGAGAAAAGUGGGUUUACUUCCAAUGCUUUGGCUAUGGUUGCGUCGAGGAUGGUGGACCAAGGUGUUGUGGUUACGAUCGCUGCCGGAAACGAUGGACAGGAUGGUGCUUUUGACAUGAGCAAUGGUGCGUCGGGCGAGCAUGUCUUAACGAUUGCCGCAUCAGAUCCGGGCGAAUUUCCUGCCAGACAAUUCAACGCAGAUUUCGUCUUGGACGGUACCUCAAACGCGACAAAGCUGGCCUACUCCCCUGCCUCGAGCCUCUUCCCAAGUACUGUUGUGGGCUGGCCAAUUAUACCGAUCACUCUGAAUGCUACAGUAGCCGACGAUGCUUGCUCACCUUUGCCAACCGAUACGGCCAACAUGACAGGGUCUGUUGUGUUGGUGAGAUACGGAGGGUGCACGCUGUACACGAAGCACACCAACAUUGCCAAGUUUUCACCACAGUACAUUCUCUUCUAUGAAGAUGAUGGGCCUUACCAAAACCCAAUCACCGGGGUUUCUACGGGUAUCACGGCAGUUAUUGAGGCACGAGCUGGCGAGGCCAUUGUGAAAACAAUCCUUGCUGGUGGUAACGUGACUGCCUCGUUUGACGCCGAUACGUCCCACUAUGUCGGGUUAUACAAUGCGGGAGGUGGACGGCCUGCCGCUUACACCUCGUGGGGCGGUACCUACGACCUUGCACUCAAGCCAGACGUUUCUGCACCGGGCACAAAGAUACUCAGCACAUACCCAACAGACCAGUACCAGGUGCUAAGCGGAACGAGUAUGGCGACUCCUUACAUUGCGGGCGUUGCGGCUCUCUGGGUUGGCAAAUUUGGGGGCCGAGCUCAGCAUGCAAAUGAUCCUGCCUGGGCUCAGGGUUUGCAUGCCCGUAUCAUGUCUACAGCCCGUGCUGUCCCAUGGGCCGACUGGGCGACUACCGAGACCGAUUAUGGAUUCUGGGCGCCUACAACUCAGGUGGGCGCCGGGUUUGUAGAUGCCAGCAAGCUUUUCAACUACACCACAGAGUUGAGCUUUGAUGGCCGGAAGUUUGAGCUGAAUGACACAACUAACUUUGUCGGGCUGCAUUCAGUGGACGUUACAAAUAAAGGAGAUCGGCCAGUGACAUACAGAUUCUCUUUACAGGCCGCGGGAGGUUAUGAACCAUGGAGACCGCUUCCUCCCAACACGACGAUGUACGCCGUUCCGGGUCUCAAGUUGUACAACCAAAUCGAUCCUCUACAAAUUGAACCUGGUGUGGUACUGCCCGAGGAUCUGACUAUUGGUGCUGGGGAAAAGCAGACAGCUGAGUUUACGUUUACCGUACCAGAUGGGGUCAACGCGUCGAAUAUGCCUGUCUACAGCGGAAAGAUCCUGAUAAGCGGAGACAAUGGAGAAGAACUCGGGAUCCCUUACUUCGGCGUCGCGUCUAGCUUGAGAGAAACAAUAACCAACGUCUUUGACUUUGGAAAAAAUUAUCCCUAUCUGACGUCGGGAGUCAGAGACGUGAUGAUUUCAUCCAAAUCAAAUUUCACAUUUAACCUUUCGAUGUCGUCGCAAGACUUUCCCAAAUUAAAUACUAUGCUGGUAUGGGGCUCCGAAGAGCUACGAUGGGAUAUUUUCGACGGAGACUACACUGAAGCUGAUUGGGUUUAUCCACCUGUCAUCGGCCAGAACGGCUACGUUGGAUCUGCCACGGCCUGGAACGGAACCGAUGCGUCCAGUUGGUUCAACCCUGAUAUCAAUAACGAGGACGAUAUUUUCUCUUUCCCGCUCUAUGACAAGCCUCGAGAUGAUUGGGGUAGAUUCUUCUGGCUGGGCAGAUAUGCCAAUGGAUCCCAAAUCCAACCAGGGUCAUACAAAUUUCGUAUUGCAGCUUUGAGACCCUUCGGCGUCCCCACCAUAGCCGAAGAUUGGGAUAUAUGGGCGACACCAGACAUAGCUUUCUUGGCGUAG